UUACUAUGUUUAGAAAUCGGAAAAAUUCUUUAAGAACGUUAUCUUUCACUUAGUUACUCCAAAUCUACAAUACUAACACUGGCAAAGUACGCUUAUUUUCUGUGAAUAUUUGAGACUCGAAUUUCAGAAUGUUUAUUUACUUUCACACGAGAGUAAGAACGACGGAAGAGCUCAUAUUAUAUGGCAUGUUAUUAUAAUGCAAUGAGCUAUAAUUGUAUAGAGAUUCAGUUAGACAAUUAACUAUCAGAUAUGAAUUCAGUUUUUCUAAGAGCUGUACGCUUUAGAAAUUUAAUGUUAGGAAAUGUUUUCAUGAAGAAUAUUUCUAGCAGCAGGUUUUUAUAUGAGAGCGCCUCUGACGAACAUAAUAUUAAGAAGUUCAAAUUAAUAAAGCGACUUGCAUCUACUAUUUUAUUCGGAAGUACAUUUUUAAUUGUUGUAUGGGCGAAAAAACGUAAAAGAAAUACUGUUUUUGAUAAUUCUAAAUUGGUUACUAAUUCGUAUUAUCAAAAAAAUUUUAAGCUUUAUGAGUAUAAGGGUUACAUAUUGCCUUCAUUUGUUAUGAAAAAUUUAGAUGGCAUUAGAGAUUUCACAUUUAAAGAAGAUGACAUUUUAGUUGCUUCAUUUCCUAAAACGGGUACAACAUGGUUACAAGAAAUCAUUUAUUGCAUCUUGCAUGGAGUUGAUGAAUCCUUAUCUCAGAGCUUAGAAGAUAGAUUUCCAUAUUUAGAAUUUAUUUAUCCAGGUCUUGACUCUAUUAAAAAAAUGGAAGGUCAACGUCUUCUUAAGACUCACUUGCCUUAUUCUCUUUUGCCCCAAGAAGAUAUUCUCAAGAAAAAUGUAUUCUAUAUUAUGAGAAAUCCCAAAGAUGUAGCAGUUUCAUACUAUCAUUUUGUUCGGAUGAUGACAAUUUCAAAUUAUUCUGGGAAUUUUGACAAUUUUUUUGAAGAUUUUAUAUCAGACAAAGUACCUUAUGGCCCGAUUUGGAAACAUUACCUAGAUAUGUGGGAACACAAGAAUGAUCAAAAUAUCCUGAUAUUAUUUUAUGAGGAUCUUCAAAAAGAUAUUCAUGGAAAUAUCAGGAAAAUUGCCAGCUUCCUUAAUAGAAAUCCUACUGAAAAGGAAAUAAAUGACAUUGCUAAUCAUUGUUCUUUUGAUAACAUGUCACAAAAUCCUACCGUCAACUAUCAACAUUGGGAUGCUCUAGGCAUCAGAAAAUCAUCAGAAGCCAAAUUCAUGAGAAAAGGUCAAGUGGGAGACUGGAAGAACUAUUUUAAUGCAGAAAUGAAUCGUUCAAUGGAUUUAUGGAUUGAAAAUAAUUUCAAAGAUGUUUCAGUUUCCUUUGGCUAUGAAAAUUAAAUUCAUUCUUGCAUUUUCCCUA